CCUCUCUCUCCUCGGUCUCUCUCUCUCUACGCCGUCCUAUUUAUUUAUCUCUCAUCCCUUCCUCUUUCGUUCACUCUUCAAACUUCCUCUCCUCCACCCAAAAACCAGAGAGCUCCAUUAAAAAGAUUCUCUAAUUCCUUUUUUUCCCGAUCAAUUUUCCGGUUUAAGGUUCCUAAAUUUUUCCGGCGGUUAAAUCUAUGACGUCAUCUGAGGGAUUAACGAGCAUCGAGCCCUGGUCAUUCCGUCAAAGCUUCAACAACAACAACAACAUCGACUCAUGGUUACUUCCUGAUCCUUUCUCUCACGAUAGUGACUUACUCGCUAAAGCUCUUCACCGAUCCAUCUCAACUUCCACAACCACCGAUUCUCUUCACGCCGAUCCUCUUUCUCCCUCCGCUUACUUCGAUUCCGCCGCCGUCUCCGAUUUCUCCCCUCCUCAAACCCUCUCUAACGUCUCCUUCGGCUCAGAUCCGGAGAUCGCUGCCUAUGGCGGCGCGAAGCGUAAGCGUGGUCCUGGUCUUUCCGGUGUUAAACCACCGAAACGCCGAUCGAGAGUUUCUACGAAGAAAUCUCAGACUACGUUUAUAACGGCGGAUGCGGCUAAUUUCCGGCAGAUGGUUCAGGAAGUCACCGGCGCGAAAUUCGUUGGUUCUUCUCACGGCAUUUUGUCGCCGAUCGUUAAGCCGGAGCCGCAUCGGCUCGCUAGCAGGACUUUGGAUCGAUCUUCGGCGCUUCCGACGCUCGAUACGUCUUCGUUUUUGUCUAACCAUCACCAGGAGUUGGGCUCUGUUUCAGCUCCGAUUAGUUUGUUUCAUCGGUCCGGUGCUGCGAAUACGGCGGCGACGGCGGAUGGUGUUGGUGGUGGCUCCGCCGUGGAAUUGGAUAGUUACCCGACGCUUGAAUCGUGGAAAGUUAUGUGAUCGAUUGGAUUCAAUUAGUGUGUUUGUAGAUGUAAUCCUUUUUUUUUUACUUUUUUCUUUAGAUCGUUUUUUUUUUUUAAUUGUAUUUUCUCUUCUUUAUGAAUAUUUUGUUUUUUCGGGCUGAGCUUUGUGGCUAUGGAGUCUCUCUUGUUCAUACUUUUGGGAAAAUCAAUGUUAAGGUUUUACUUUCUUCAUUUUUUUUCUUUUUGUUUACUUAUUUUUCUCGGAUAAGUUCCGUUACUUGGAUCCUACUUGGUCCAAUAUUAGUUUUUCUAAAUAGUUCCCUUUUUAAA